UUCCCCUAGUAUACAAUUCUUAACCAACAGAUAGUUUAUAAAGCUUAAAUACAUAUAUUCACUUGUUGUUUCUGUAAUAGGUUUCUUAUACUUGCUGCUGACUGGAUUUUAAACCAUAUUAAGGAUUGUAAACCUUUUGCAGUAUAAUCGGAGUGCACAAAACAGAAAAUAAAAAACUAAUUUUGAUUUCUCCACCACAGAAAUGGGCACAUGUAUACAGAACUGGAGAACUACAGAUUGCAAUACAUACAAAUAAUGGCCUUGAAAGGCAAAAUGAAAUUUUAAAGCACACAUAUAUGGAAGGAUAUAAAAACUGUACACUGAGUGAACUGUUAAUAGUUCUUCAUAAACAUUUCUUCCCAAAUGCACACAAAAAAUACAUCCAGCUAAAUGUACAAAACUGUGAGGCCUACAGAAAAUAUAAAAAAGAGGUUCCAGAUUUUCUGAGAAAUCGGCCAAGAGACUUUGUGAGGCAUAUGAUGACGAGGCUUGACACCACCUUGGACAAUAGCCACAUAAAAAUUUUAGACAGAAAAUCUGGCAUUUUUGAAGUAAACAGUGAGGAAAAUGCAGCUAAAACCUAUCAAGUUACAUUUAAAGAUGGAAUACCAUCUUGCACUUGUGCAGAUUGGGAAAACCACUUUUUACCCUGCAAGCACAUAUGCUGCAUUUUAAAAUAUAACAGUCAAUUGAAGUGGGAUAGGCUAAACCCUGCUUAUUGUCAAAAUCCCUUGUUUCUUUUAGAUAAAGACUGUCUGUCUGUUAGCAGUGUAGAGCCAAAAAUUGAGAGUGAUUAUAUGGCCACUCCUUUAUCAGACAGUAAUGUUCUAGCUCUUCCAGACCGCAAGAAAAGCAGACGAAAGAAACUGAUCCACAACUGUGUUCUGAAUUUAAAGCGGAUUAUAGAUUGUACAUAUUUACAAAAGAAUGAAAAAUACCUUGAAGAGCUAGAUGAGAACAUAAAAUUAUUGCUGCAAAAUAUACAAGCAAACAUUCCAUUUGAGAAAGACUUACCACUUAUUGAGACCCCGAAAAAAAAAAUCAAUAAGUAAAAAUAUACAUCCACUUAAAAAGGCACAAUAUGGAAGGAGCAAGCAGCUUGGAGCAAAUAGAUAUGGGCAAAAAGCCGAAAUGUUAAAAGAUGACACCUGGAAAACUGUAUUUUCCAAUGAUGAAAGCCAGAAGGAGCAGGGACCAUCGAGUAACUGGUUGACAAUCAACAACAUAACACUUACUUUGGCUGACAAAUCAGUUAUACAAAAUAAUGAUUGGCUUGAUGACAACAUAAUAAAUACCUGCCAGCACCUGAUUUCAAAGCAAUUUGGAACAAUUUCUGGAUUCUUUGAUACAGUGCUUCUGGCACAUGGAUUCUUGUCACUACAUGAUAGUGACCAUCUACUUCAGAUCCAUCAUGUAGGAGCACACUGGGUGGUUUCAGUAAGAAACAACAGAACUGUAACGAUUUAUGAUUCAUUAAAAUCGUUACAGUUGUCAGAGGAGCUUAAGAAACAACUGUUGUUGCUCCAUGCUCCACUUUUUUCAGGGGAAUAUUCAGUAUUAGAUGUUCACCUUGUUUG